AUGGAGUCUAUACGGAAGCAAGCCAGUAAGCUCAGGGAGCAAGUCGCAAAGCAGCAGCAGGCUGUAUUGAAACGGUUGGGAACCUUAGGUAAUGAAGCUGUUAUGAUUGAUGAAGCUGAACUUCUGUGCCACCAAAAUCUUCAAGAUUUAUAUAAUUCGACGAGGGCAGCGAAGCAUUUUCAGCGGAGUCUUGUUCGGGGAGUUGAAGCUUUUGUAUCAAUCAGCUCAAAACAAAUGGAAAUAGUGAGAAAGUUAGCCGAGGAUUGCUGCAAAUAUGGAGCUGAAAAUCAAAGCACUAGCACUCCUCUAGUGAUAGCUUCUGAUUAUUUUGGUACUUCAUAUAAUUCAAUUGAAGAGGAGAGAGAGAUAUUUCUUAAGAUCCUUGGUGAGCAGGUUGCUGAACCUUUACGGGCGCAAAUAACAGGAGCUCCUUUGGAGGAUGCUCGUCACUUGACUCAUCGUUAUGAUAAACUGCGUCAGGAGGUGGAAGCCCAGGUGGCCGAAGUAUUGAGGCGUCGGCUGAAAUCCAGGGGCUCUGUAUCUGCAGAGAGUUCUGUGAAGCUUCAGAAUGCAGAAGCAAGAUUGACAGAACUUAAAUCUACAACAGUGGCACUUGGGCGAGAAGCAACUGCCGCAAUGUUGUCAGUUGAGGAGCAUCAGCAACAGAUGACUUUCCAUAAGCUUUGUACCAUGGUCGAUGCUGAGAGAUCUUAUCAUCAACAUGCUCUUGCUAUUUUAGACAAGCUACAUUCUGAGAUGAUUCUGGAAAAACUACCAAAAGAAUUCUCAUCACAAUCUGAGAAAAUGGAUCCUGAUACUAAUUCAAAUAGGUCUGAUGAUCAUGGACAACUUUACCAGGAUGACACUUUCUUCAUUGCAAGAGCUAUACACCCGUUUGAUGCUCAAGCAGAUGGAGAGUUGAAUCUAGCAAUUGAUGAUUAUGUUGUGGUUCGUCAGGUGGGCCCUAAUGGAUGGUCUGAAGGAGAAUGUAAUGGCAAGGCCGGAUGGUUUCCAUCUGCAUAUAUAGAGAGGCAGGAGAAAGCCCCUUCGGCCAAAUUAAUUUUUAUUUGGAUGAGGUACUUGGCUCUUUCAGCUAGCCUAGCAUGUGCUGUGCAGAAAAAACAAAUGAUAUUUUUAGUGUAA